AUGGAUGAAGAUUUAGAGGAAGAUCAGAGAACACAAAUAGGUGAACAACAAUUACAAGGUGAUGGUCGAAUGCAAAUUCUCAAUGAAGAUGUUUUGGAUGGAACACAACCAGGUAUGAGAACUGACUCAUUGAAACGAAUAAUAACAGCGUAUAUGACCAAAUAUGAGCGAGCAUGUGUAAUAAGUACAAGAGCAUUACAAAUAGCUAUGAGAGAAUUGAAAGAAAGGAGAAUUUAA